AUGCGGUCUUCUGGCCGCGGGCGUCACGCUCCGUCGUUCGUCGCCAGGUUACGGGCUCGCCUUCGUUUUCGGCCCGACGUCCCUGUGCAUACCGCCGACCGAGUGUCCCAUCCAUCCGCCUCGGCCUCCCGUCAUACAUUGACCUCGACAUCGACAUUGACAUUGGCAUCAACUUCCCCCGACCCUCACCACAGCCGCGACCAGAGCAGCAGCCAUCAUUCCAAUUGCGCCCCACAGCCUGCUUCGCCCAUCACCCUACCUCCACAAAGACUGAACAACAUUUUUCAGUUUCCCGCAUUCUUCCUCAAGCAUAACUUGGAGAAGGCGGGAGGGGUCAUUUUUCUCGACACAGGCGCUAGAGUCAACUUAAUGUCUAGCGAUAUGGUGACGCGAUUGGGUCUCUGCCGUCAACGCAUCAGCCCCCGCAAAUUAGUUCCGUUUUACUCUGGAUUGAAAGAGAAGACAGAGCUCACGGUUGAGUAUCAAGUUCAGGUGGAUUGGCACUUUGAAAACGGGGAGAGCACUUACACCACUGAAUUUUUGGUUCUGGACAUGGAGUCUUACGAUAUACUGCUUGGAUGCGAUGAGAUCCGGAAAUAUGAGCUGUUGACGCUGGGCAAGGGCUUCGGUGUACAACGGGGUGUUCCUCGCUCUCACUGGGUGGAGGGCCGGAAUCAUCUAAAAAGGCUGAUUGAUCGGGUCCACGACCGGCUACCUAAGACGGUGUGUCACAUCACUGGCUCUCUCUCUGCCAAACAACCGCAUGCUGUGUCACUCGAUUUUUCUAAUUCUUCGGGUGGACGCAUCUUGUGA